CGCGGUGUAAAUAGUUCCCCUGCUCCCUGGAGAUCGUGUCCGUGAGCGCAGGAAGAAAGUGAACGCCUACUUUUGGGAAGCGGAAGAUGGAGAUGUGCGUGCGUGUUCGCUCGGCGCCUCCUCCGUCGUUUGGACCGCGGCACCAUGGCUCGCCGUGAGCCCCCGGACGCUGAGCGGACCCGGGUCUCUGCGGCGGACGUGCACGGCGGCUCGGAUCUCCGCGGCGGCCGACAUGUGUUGAUUCGUCCAAGUAUGGAGAACUGCUGAGAAGACAAAAGGGAGGUGCGUCUCUGCUGCCAUGGAGGUGGGCAGCCUCCCCGUGGAGCUGUGGAGGGUGAUCCUGGCCUACCUGCCUCUGGCGGACCUGGGCCGCUGCUGCCAGGUGUGCCGCGCCUGGAGGGAGCUCGUCCUGUCCCUGGACAACACCCGCUGGAGGCAGCUGUGCCUGGGCUGCCCCGAGUGCAGGCACCCCAACUGGCCCAGCCGGCCCCACCUGGAGCCCCCCUCCUGGAGGGAGGCCCUGAAGCAGCACGCCCUCGCAUCCCGGACCUGGACCCAGAACGGACCGGAGCUGCAGUCCUCGGCCUGCCUCCUCUUUUUCAGAAGGCGGAAGGUCCGCAGGGUUUGGCACGUGGGCCCCGGGUAUGAGUUUGACACCCUCCGAGGGGCGCUCGGAGUGGUGGGGGCGUAUGACCGCGUGGUUCUCCAUCCGGGGGUGUAUGAGGAGCAGGCCGAGGUGGUGCUGAAGGUGCCGGUGGAGCUGGUGGGGCUGGGCCGGCUGGGCGAGGUGGCCCUCCUGGUGUGUGUGGAGCAGCAGUGUCCCACCGCCAGACUCUGUAACCUGGUGUUCAUGCCACCCUGGUUCUCCACUGUUGUCUACAAGACAUCAUGGGGCCACGUGCAACUAGACAACUGCAACUUCGAGGGCGCUCAGCUGCAGAUCCGGGGGCCGGGGACGUGCCAGGCCCGGUUCUGCUCCUUCUCACAGGGCAGCUCGGCCCACUUGAUGGGUGUUGUCCUCAGUUUGUUGGACAGCUGCGACUUCUCGGGAAGCGACACAGCCUCGGUGACUGUGGAAGGCCCCCCGGUGUCGGAGAGGAACUGGGCUUGUAAACACUUGGCCGCUUUGACCAGGACGUUCCCGUCGUGUGUCGUGGCUGGCUCCACCAGCUCCCCCAAAAGCCCGCAGGCAGGCUCUGCUGGUGGGCCUCAGCCUCCUGCCGCUCAUGCUAAAAACGAGCCGGUGAACAUCGAGGACUGGAGGAGGAGGGCCGGGGUGGACGCGGUGUGUCAGGGCACAGUGAUCGAAGAUGGCUGGAGCGACGGUGAGCGCAGCGAGGGCGAGGAGGAGCACCGAGAUGGAGCAGAGAGCAACGACACCAAAAAUCAAUUUAUUCAGAAUUACAAAAUCCCCUGUGACCAUCACGGUCUGUCACAUUUGCUCAAACCCCAGCCAGAUGGCUCUCCGCCACUCGCCUCAUCCCCUGAUCCCCCAUCUGUGACCCCUGCACCCCUCACCCUUCAGCAGGAAUUAGACAGGGACCCAGAGGCUCAAAUGUUGGCAGCAUCCACUCUUGGCUGCAUCCUCCGACACUGCCUCUUCAGGGACGGAAAGGGCGGCGUGCACUUGUCUAAUUAUGGACAAGCUCGGCUGGAGGAAAAUGUGUUCCGCGGGCUGAAUUACGCCGUUCGCUGCAUCCAGAACUCCACAAUAGUGAUGCUGAGAAACGAGGUGUGCGAGUGCCGCGCGUCAGGUGUGUUCCUGCGCCUCUCUGCUCAGGGCCUCAUCGCAGAAAACAAUAUCCACUCAAACGGAGAGGCGGGACUGGACAUACGGAAAGGGGCCAACCCCACCAUCGUGUGUAAUAAGAUACACAGUGGUUUGCGUUCUGGGGUUGUUGUUCUUGGAAAUGGAAAAGGUUCCAUUCGGAGCAACCAGAUCUAUAACAACAAAGAAGCGGGCGUGUAUAUCCUCUUCAGUGGAAAUCCUGUGGUGAGUGGGAAUCACAUCUUUCAAGGCCAGGCAGCGGGGAUCGCCGUCAACGAGAACGGCAGAGGGAUGAUAACAGAGAACGUCAUCAGAGAGAACCAGUGGGGCGGCGUGGACAUUCGUAGAGGCGGCGACCCCGUCUUAAAGAACAACUACAUCUGCUACGGUUACUCGGAUGGCGUGGUGGUGGGAGAGAGAGGACGAGGACUGAUCGAGGGAAACCACGUCUACUGUAACAAAGGCUGCGGCGUCUGGGUCAUGUCCUCCAGCCUCCCACAGCUCCUGUCGAACUUCAUCAUCCAUAACGGCAUGUACGGGCUGGCGGUGUUCUGCCGGAAGGACCCGGAUAGCAUGGACGCCAAUCAGGGGAACUGGCCGGGGCAGGAGGGGAUCGGCGGAGAUGGAGGCAGCGGGGAGAGAAGGGAAGUCGACGUGGAAGGAAGAGACGGGCAGGAAAACUUUAAUGAAGAAGGGGAAUUGUUCGCUUGGGAGAGCGAUCUGGAAAGCGAGGAUGAGCGCCACUCCGCCCGUCGGUGCAUCAGCGUGGCGCUGGUGGAGGGGAACUGCGUGAGCUACAACGGAGCAGUUGGUCUGUAUGUCAAGAGCAGCGAGGCCCUGAAUGUUUUCGCCAACCUCAUAAACAACAACCGUGGUCCCGGCGUGGCCGUGCUGCAGAGCAGUCAGCUGACCCGACUCGUUACCAACUGCAUCCGAGAAAACGGCCGGGGUGGCGUUACCGUGGAGAAGGACUGCAGGGUGGAGCUGCGCGGCAAUGGUAUCUAUGAGAACAGCGGCCACGGUGUCAGCUUCAGCAGCGGAGGACAGAUUGUGGAGAACGACGUGGUUGGAAACUGUGGAUGUGGGAUCCAGAUCUCUGGAAGCGCCGAUAUCAAGGUAAUGCGCAAUCGUGUCCAGCCAGCUCAGGGCUGCGGCAUCGCCCUGCUGGGGCCGGUGAAAGGCGUCGUCCAUGACAACGUCUUAUAUCAGGGUCACCCUGAAAACAGAAAAUCCCUGCUGCACAUGGAUCCUGCCAAUGAAAGCUGCGUGUUGCGCAACAACAAUAUUCUGAGGCAUAACAGCUCUACAUCGGUACCACCCUGGGUUUUGGAAAGCCCCCCUCCUCGCCCACAGGGCCCCGCUUCUGCUGGCCUCAACUCAUCCCAGUACCCGUCCCGACUUGGCAUCUCCAUGACGACGCGGAUCAGCGCGACCGUCGAAAGCGGCUGCCACAACGGCAGCAAGUUCUGCUCCAUCCUGUGAAAUACGAGCAAGAUAAUCUUACCAAGAGGUCUUUUCAUCGAGAGGAUCUUUUAAUAAAAAGGUCCGUCCGGCUGGAGUGAAGCUUUAUAAGAAGCAGAAACACUAAAGUGGCCAUCUGCCACACCGUGACACACUUGUAAAAAAACAACGUGGACCAAUGAAGUGAAACCCAAGUACACUGUUGUCAUUCUACAUUUAAAUCCAUUUGAGCACAAAAUCUUUACCUUUGUUUGGUUGAUUAGCUCCUGAGACUUGCUGGUUAGGACGUGCACAUUUCUAAAUCCUAGCGGGGGUCCAAAGAAAGCUUCAGAUAUGCCAGCUAAAUAUGGUGCAGAGUAAAGCUGCGCCUGGUCUGAUUUCUUCGAUGAUUGUAGCUAGGAAAACGGUGUUCAUGAUGUAUAUGCAAGAAAAAAAAAGUAAAACAAAGCCAAACUGAAGCUCCUGCCUCUUGAAUAGAGCUGCUGUUUCCAGGUGAGUUUUGUGUUCUUGUACAACUUCAUGCUUAGAAAUUGAUUGAAAAAGUUUCCUCCGGUUAUCAUGUUCCGCAGUGAUACACAACCACACACACACACACACUCGCCUGGAAACAGCCUGUCAGAAGGAUAAAGAUUCUUAGUGUGCAAUAUGUGAUGUCUACAAAUGUGCCUAUACGUUUCAACCGUCUCAGCUAGAUGUUCUGCCAUCUAGAUUUUGUUUACAGCUCAUUAGUUUGCUUUUUUUUGUAAGCAUUAAGCAAUGAUGUCCCGUACAACUUAAAGUUAACCACUUUAUUUGUCUAUAAAACAAAACAAUAAACAGGUCUUGUUUUCUGACUGA